AUGGCAACUUGUCUCAGGCUAUUUCCUUCAGCUCCCGCGGCAAAAACUUCUCAGCUAAACCAUAAACUUACUCCUCUAUUCGGUUGUCCAAAACCCCGUAUCACACCUUCAAGAAAAUCCCACCAUAGAAUCCAAAGCAGCAAGUUUGGAAGCUUUCUGGACUUGAAACCCGAAUCAGAGCCCGAGUUCUUGGAUUUUGAUCUCUCAUGGUUUCAUCCUGCUGACAAGUCUCGUCGCUUUGACGUGAUCAUUAUUGGGUCUGGCCCGGCUGGUUUGCGUCUCGCCGAGCAAGUGUCCCGAUAUGGAAUCAAGGUAUGCUGUGUUGAUCCUUCACCACUUUCUAUGUGGCCUAAUAACUAUGGUGUUUGGGUUGAUGAGUUUGAGAGCUUGGGGUUUCUUGAUUGUUUGGACAAAACGUGGCCUAUGGCUUCUGUCUAUAUUGACGAUGACAAGCCCAAGCAUCUAGACCGUCCUUAUGGUCGUGUUAGUAGGGAAAAAUUGAAGACAAAAUUGUUGGAAAAUUGUGUUUGUAAUGGGGUUAGGUUUCAUAAGGCUAAGGUUUGGAAUGUGAAGCAUGAGGAGUUCGAGUCUUCGGUUGUUUGUGAUGAUGGGACUGAGCUAAAAGCUAGCUUAGUUGUUGAUGCAAGUGGUUUUGCUAGUAGUUUUACUGAGUAUGAUAAGCCAAGAAACUAUGGAUAUCAGAUUGCUCACGGCAUUUUAGCCGAAGUGGAUUGUCAUCCAUUUGAUUUGGAUAAAAUGGUUCUUAUGGAUUGGAGAGAUUCCCAUCUGGGAAAUGAACCUUACUUGCGUGCUAAUAAUUCAAAAACUCCAACCUUUCUCUAUGCAAUGCCAUUUGAUUCAAACUUGGUAUUUUUGGAAGAGACUUCCCUGGUUAGUAGGCCUUUGUUGCCAUACACAGAGGUUAAGAACAGGAUGGUAGCAAGAUUAAGACAUUUGGGAAUCAGAGUGAAGAAAGUAAUAGAGAAAGAGAAAUGCUUGAUUCCAAUGGGAGGACCUCUCCCAACAAUCCCUCAAAGUGUGAUGGCUAUUGGUGGGACUUCAGGGGUAGUCCAUCCCUCAACUGGGUACAUGGUGGCUAGAACAAUGGCUCUAGCCCCAAUUGUAGCUGAUGCCAUUGCAGAGUGUCUUGGCUCAACCAGAAUGAUUAGAGGCAGGCCACUUCAUCAUAGAGUGUGGAAUGGCUUGUGGCCAUUACAGAGGCGGUGUACAAGGGAAUUUUAUUCUUUUGGGAUGGAGACUUUGUUGAAGCUUGAUCUGGAUGGAACUAGGAGGUUCUUUGAUGCUUUCUUUGAUUUAGAUCCUUAUUACUGGCAAGGGUUCCUCUCCUCAAGGUUAUCUCUCAGGGAACUUCUUUUCUUAAGCUUAUCUUUAUUUGGCAAUGCCUCAAAUCCAUCCAGAUUUGAUAUUGUAACGAAGUGUCCUGUGCCUCUAGCCAAAAUGGUGGGGAAUUUGGCACUUGAAACCAUCUAA